CGGGAAGAGGUCCCGUCCUUACCGGGCUAUUCACCUUAGCCGGGCGCGAGCUCCCGCUGUUCAGCCUUAGGUGGGCCUUUGCUCCGUUGUGGGCGGGGUAGGAGUUCCCGGCCCGUCGUCUUGUCUCCUGGUGAGGCUGUCCGCUUUUUCCCACGUGGCUGCCUCGCUCCACACCGACCCUCAUUGUGCCUAUGGCGGCGGCUGCCCCGCUCACAACCUUCGGGCAGGCAGUGAUCGGCCCGCCCGGCUCAGGAAAGACCACGUACUGCUUGGGUAUGAGUGAGUUCCUGCGCGCGCUGGGCCGGCGCGUGGCGGUAGUGAACCUGGACCCGGCCAACGAGGGGCUGCCGUACGAAUGCGCAGUGGACGUGAGCGAGCUGGUGGGGCUGGGGGACGUGAUGGACGCGCUACGACUGGGGCCCAACGGCGGCCUGCUGUACUGCAUGGAAUACCUGGAAGCCAACCUGGACUGGCUGCGUGCCAAGCUCGACCCCCUCCGCGGCCACUACUUCCUCUUCGAUUGCCCCGGCCAGGUUGAGCUGUGCACACACCACGGUGCCCUGCGUAACAUCUUCUCUCAGAUGACUCAUUGGGACCUCAGGCUGACUGCUGUUCACCUUGUGGAUUCUCACUACUGUACAGAUCCAGGCAAGUUCAUUUCAGUACUGUGCACCUCCCUGGCCACCAUGCUGCAUGUGGAGCUGCCCCACGUCAACCUCCUUUCCAAGAUGGACCUCAUUGAGCACUAUGGGAAGCUGGCCUUCAACCUGGACUACUACACAGAGGUCCUGGACCUCUCCUAUCUGCUUGACCACCUGGCUUCCGACCCUUUCUUUCGCCACUACCGCCAGCUUAAUGAGAAACUGGUACAGCUCGUUGAAGACUACAGCCUGGUCUCCUUUAUCCCUCUGAAUGUACAGGACAAAGACAGCAUCCAGAGAGUCCUUCAGGCUGUGGAUAAAGCCAAUGGCUACUGUUUUGGGGUCCAAGAGCAGCGAAGCCUGGAGGCUAUGAUGUCAGCUGCAGUAGGAGCCGACUUCCAUUUCUCCUCCACACUGGGCCUCCAGGAGAAGUACCUGGCACCCUCCGAGCAGUCAGCCGAGCAGGAAGCCAUGCAGCUGUAGCAGCUCACUGCGCUGGCCGCAAGAUGCACAAGCAGCACUGGGGAGCGGGAAGGCUCCUGGCAAGCAGCAGGCCGCAGACCCGAGGUCCAGUCUUCGCCGCAGCAUGAGGAGCUGGCGCGGCACACUCAGCUCUGAAGAGGACUCUGGACAGAAAGCCAGACAAAGGGCAGAGCAGCCACCAUGCCGCUGCUCUGUGGUGUCCUUCAGCCCAGGGCCCUGCGCCCAGGAGGUGCCGCCCGACAGUGUGAACCAUCUCCACUUGGAUUGGGCUGCAGUGUGCUAUAAUGCAAGAGUUUACUUUCUACUUGCUGUGCCUUCCAAACUCUUCUUCAGUCCUCCAGGCCCAGGGGUUGGGGCAGAAAAAGGGACAUCACUGUCCCUAUGGAGAAUCUCUUCUCCACACCAAUCAUUGCUUCUCCAGCACACAGAACCCUUUCCGUACUCUCCUGUGAUGUGGUGUUAAUAUUCAGUUUUAAGAGGAAGCCUCCAGCUGAGUCUUCACAGGUAACGCUUCCUGGCUAAUCUAUACUUAAUGUUUUUUGUUUUUAUUGUAUUUAUUUCAUGUUAUCCUAUUUCCAGCAAGUGUUAACGAGUCAAGGUUUAAAGAUUAAAAGCUUACUUCAGAA